GGGGGAUGUGUAGGUCGAUGACGAGACGCGACCCCCUGCUGCGCUUGUAUCUCCAGGCGAGUCUACGGUGUCCUCCGUCGGUCCCUCCCGCCAGCGUGACUCUCGCCGAGGAGACGCCCCCCGCGACAUGGCAGCCCCGUAGGACCCUGGAACGCGUGGUCAUGCAGCAGGCGUUGGGCUCCAGACCCGCUGAAGGCCUCAGCAGCGUAAGGGGGGGGCUAUCGCUGGGCUGCUCCCGAUGUGCGGGGAGGGACCGCCCCGGGACCCUGGCCUCGCUGCGGACCACCAUGAAGCCCCUCCCCCAGCGCCCCCCCGGUGCCCCCCCCCUGGGGCCCAGCGGGGGGCGACGGUCUCCCCCCAGGAGGCGCCGGACCAGGAGCGCCGGCGUGGGCCCCAAGGACGAGGAGGAGGAGGUGGUGGAGGAGGAGGAUGCCAGGAAAAAUGCGGAAGGUCUGAGUCGGAUCCUCUUCCUCAGUCUACCCAGUCCGCCUCACCCAAGACCACCCACCGACCCGGGUCCAGACCCAAGACCACCCACAGGCCCGGGUCCAGACCCAAGACCCCCCACAGACCCGGGUCCAGACCCAAGACCCCCCACAGACCCGGGUCCAGACCCAAGACCCCCCACAGACCCGGCUCCAGACCCAAGACCACCCACAGACCCGAGUCCAGACCCAAGACCAGCGCCUGGAGGUGGGUCAGACCCAGACCCUAGACCAGUGCCUGGAGGUGGGUCAGACCAAGACCCUAGACCAGCGCCUGGAGGUGGGUCAGACCCAGACCCUAGACCAGCGCCAGGAGGUGGGUCAGACCCAGGGGUUCCAGGGCCGUCUGUGGAGUUUGGAGGAAGGGAUGUUCGGACCGAUGUCUCCCGGUGGGCGGGGCUGGAGGCGGCGGUGCGUGGCCGGCUCGCCGUGCUGCUGCACGCGGCCGACGGCAGCAUGCAGCGCCGGCUAGCACGUGUCAGCUGGGAGCUAGCCCGCACGGACACAGAGCUGCUGUGUGAGCGCGCUCACUGGCGCCACCUGGCCCGCGAGCGGCAGGAGGCGGCGGAGCGGCAGCGCGCGCUGAGCCGCCAGGUGGACGUGGCCGUCAGCGUGAUCGCCGCCCUGAGGGAGCAGCUCAACGCCUCGGAGGACCGGCUGGAGCAGCGCGAGAGAGAGGCGCUGAGCAUCCAGAGCUUUUUGGCGGCGGCGGCGCGGCAGGAGGCCAGCGGGAGGCUCCGCCUCCAGCGCUUCAUCGAGGCGCUGCUGGAGCGGAUCGCCCUCGCAGAGCGGCGGGUCCGGUCCUACCAGGGGGAGGAGCACGCCGACUGCCAGAGGAACCGCCCCCCCACACAGCAGCUCGCUGAGCAAGCUCGCCACAGGAUGUCCAAGAGCAGGUCAGCAGGGGGUCAACCAUACUCUGGUUUCCAUGACAACAGGAGCUCCUCCUCUUCUUCCAGGCCCAGCCUGGACCAGGACCUGGACCAAGACCAGGACCCGGGGUGGGUCUGGGAGCCCAGACAGCGCUGCAGGUCCCUGGGCUACGAUGUCUAGAGGGGACCUCCUCCUGCAGGAGACUGGCUAGGACCUGGACCUGGACCUGGACCUGGACCUGGACCUGGACCUGGAUCUGGACCUGGACCUGGACCUGGACCUGGACCUGGACCUCCACCACUAGAGACCCUCACAACCACCAGAACUAGAACAUUAUAACACAACAAUACACACAACGACACUAGAACCAUUAGAACCACAACAACAAUAUAACCCAACAACAAACCCCACACAAGGAGAACAGCAUUAUAGAACAACACAACAACAAUAGAAUAUAAUCUAACAAUGGUAUAGCAAAACACAACACAAUAACACAACAUAACUACACAUACAUACAUGAUAAUAACACAAGAGCAGUAUAUAACACAAGAUCACUAUAUCAACACAAUGAGACCACGCAACGUCCCCUAAACCCUUAGCCUCGUUACACAACCGGUUACUAACGGUUACUGUCUUCUGAAUGUAGCCCCGGGGUCCUGCUUUAACUUUUGACCUUUGACCUUUAACCUCUGGACUAUGGCUCUGGGUGAUGGAGUCUGCUGAUCACUGCUACACACACACACACACACACACACACACACACACACACACACACACACACACACACACACACACACACACACACACACACACACACACACACACCUGUAUGUAGUAUACUGCCCAUCGGCCCGGUCUCUGGGGUUAUACGUAUCUCUGCUGUAAAUGGUUCUGGGUUUUUAACUGUUAGUAUAUUUUGUAAAUUCUGUGUCCAGAACUUGUGGUAGGAGAACAUUUAAACUGAUAAUUAAUAAAAGAAGGUACAUUAAUUGUGUGUGUGUGUGCGUGUGCGUGCGUGUGUGUGUGUGUGCAUGUAUGUGCGUGUUUGUGCUAGCUAUAAAAGGUGUUUUAGGCAUAGCAUCAGGGCUAAUUCAGCGCUCAAGGGAUUCUGGCAGCAGAUGUCUCAGAGCGACACGAAGCAGCACAUAGAAAACACAGACUUCCUGGUGGUUCAGUAACGCUAUGACGUCACGUGGUAGAGUCAUGUGAUGACGUCAAGGUGGUAGAGUAAGUUGAUGACGUCACGGUGGUAGAGUAAGGUGAUUACAUCGUGUUGGUAGAGUAAAGUUAGGACGUCAUGGUGUAGAGAAACGUUAUUAUGGUACAGUUACGUUUUGACAUUACGGUGGGAUGUUACGUUAUGACGUCACUGCGGUAGACUUAAGUUAUGACGUCAAGGUGUUAGAGUUUCCUAUGUUCUGUUUGUAGAGCUCAUUAGAGGAACACUCUGUAUAGCACUGUACUGUGAAGAUCUGAAUUAAACAUGUAUCCAACAUC